AUUCUAUUCUCUCAAUGCCUUCCGCUGCUUCACACUUCUACACAAUACCCGCCAUUCACCAUGGACUGGGCUGAAGAUGGCUCUCUUGACAGUGAACGGGGCCUUGAUCGCGUCUUUACGUUCCAAGAGGCACCAACCACAGUAGUUCGCGUGUCUCCAGACACUGAGACACCUCUGGUAUGGACCAUGACGAGCAGCGACGACUGGGACAAUUGGUUCGACACAGAACACCCGCCCCUCGACGGAUCUGCAUCGGGUCUGGUUUUGAUUUUGGCGAGACGAAGUGGAGAGCGAGAAUUUCCAAAAGUUAGCAGAGCUACAUCGGAUAAAUGGCUCGAGAUGGUCGAGCGUCCCAAAAUAGAAAUGAAAGUCACGGCUCCAUCAACAAUAUCGACAGAGAAGUCGAAAGGACCUACAAUAACGCAAAAAAGCGGCUUGCGUACAUUGAAGAUACUACCAUUCACGAAGAAUUCAUUCAAAAAGAUCGCUAGGCAGUUUUACAUCCAUCACACAAUAGCUCGCACAGUCAACAGAGCCGACAUGCCCACAUUUUCAGCCGUAGAGGUUGAGAUGGGUGCAGAAAUGGGUCAGAGUUAUCCUGCCUUUGUAUACAACUGCCGUACUUCAAAUGCUUGGGAUGGUGAUCUCGCGUUAUCGGCAACGUAUUUUCCGCACUGCGGAUUGACCUUUGCUGUCAUGUUCGGAUGCCCCAUGUCAAUAGAGAAGCAAGUCCUAAAGCGCCUCAGCCGAGCAACCGCCGAGGCUAGCCACUCGCUCCUGAUGCCAGGUAUCCUUGUUGAACUUGAGAGAUCACGCCAUGUGGACAUUGUGGAUGACGCGAUUGACAUGCUUGAAGCUCGAAUCGAAGAAAUAGACCUGCUAUCUGAGGACUCAGAAGCCAUGUCAGUCGAAGAACAAGCAAAGCGGAAAGAGGAAAGGAGAUCUGCGUGGCUGGACACCAUGUAUGUUCGGAAUCAAUUAAUCAACUGGAUCACCAAUCUCGAAAAGUUAUUCCGUCACGCGGACGAACUGAACAAUACUGUCUUCAACGCGCAGUCACCAACCAUGGAUGAGUACAAGAGGAAGCCUGAAGAGUCACAAAAACUCCCGGACGAGCAGUAUAACGAAUCCAGUUGCUUGCCGGGUCGCAAAGUUCUAUCCCACAAACUAACAUCAGUCGAGACAGCUUCCGUGGAAACCAGCGACCACGUCGAGGCCGAUCAUUUGCAUCCGUCCAAAGAAUACGCAAAUGAAGAAAAGCAACAGCAGAAGCCUGAGUCUCGAAGGUCUGAUAAAGAUGCAGUUCAAGCAGAGAGAAUGCGACGGACAGGAAUCAAGAUCAAGAACCGCGUUCGAGAUAUAAUCGACGAGUACCACGAGAAGGUUCGCGAUUGUACAAUGAGGGUUGAUGGCAUGACGAUGGCAACGCAAUGGGCACAAGGAGAAACUAACGUUGAAAUCGCCAUGGCUGCUGGCCGCGAUUCUCGCCACAUGCGUUCCAUUGCGCUUGUAACUAUGAUAUUUUUGCCAGGGACCUUCUUCGCAACCAUAUUUUCAAUGGGUUUCUUUGAUUGGAGCGAUUCAGGUAGCGGCAAAGUUGUGUCGAAGUACUUUUGGAUUUACGUAGUUUUGGCUGUCUCGUUCACAAUUAUAACUCUUGGUUUCUGGUGGUACCUGGGAGUUCAUCGUCAUUCACGGCGGCAAAAGAAGGCCGAAGAACUGGAGUUUUCCCUCGUAUGAAAGCACAGUCUUUCGAAGUCAACACCAAGGUUGUUUGCGGGAUUUCUUAAGCUGAUAAAAGGAUAGUGGUAAAACAGAGGGAUGAAAAUACUGUUUAUCCCGCUACACUCAGAAACAAAAUUCAAGCCUAGCAAAAUUCAUUUCCGUCAAGAGUUGAGCUCUUAUGCUCAAAGCUAA